CGUGAUGAACGUCCUGCGACGAGCGUCGGGCUUGUCAAAGUUUCGAUUUUAUUCGACACAGACUACAAGGCCUUUCGUCCCCCCCGCGUCUCUCGACCAUUUCGACUUCGACCGGCGUCAACCUGAAAAACCGCGUCCUACAAGCCCAGCAUUCUAUACCGCUCGUCCCGAAUUCUACGACCAACUCUCGUCGUUAGAAUCAGCUCUCCAACAUGCGAAAACAGCACUUACGACGUGCCACCUCCUUCCUCUUCCCCAGUUUGCUCGGGAGGCCCUCCCACCGCGUGUCAAUGCUUGGGUAGACAAGCGCGAGCUCGGCCUCAAGCUGAGAAGUACACUCACUACGAGCCGCUACAGACGAGUGGUUCUCGUGCUCAAUGAGCUCGAGACAUAUAGGUCUAUUGCAGAAAAAGCCGGGAUUGCAGAGUUGCAGGAAGGUAUCAGAGGUAUCACAGAACUGUUCGAGCGUGCAGACGCCGCGACAAUGCUGGCGAGGGGAAAGGCUAAACCCGUCAAAUUCGACGAGUACGGGCGAAGUUACACCCUCGGAAAGCGGAAGACGAGCUCUGCACGAGUGUGGAUCGUGCCCGUGCAACAGCCUCUCGCAGACAAAUCCGCCGCCUCCAAGUCCAUACCACCAGCAACGGAAACGGAAAGCGCGCUUACGGCCCUUCUCAACCCCAAUUCUUCAUCGAGGAGCACCGACCAUGUCUCGACGUCUCAGAUUAUUGUCAAUAACUCCCCCCUCUCGACUUAUUUCCCUAUCCCCGCUGAUCGUACCCGCGUGAUUCAUCCACUGAAACUCGCGGGGUUGUUGAAUGCAUACAAUGUAUUUGCGAUAGUACGUGGCGGAGGUACAUCUGGACAGAGCGGUGCGCUCGCGCAUGGCAUCGCGAAGGGUCUAGCAGCGCACGAACCUGGUGUAGCGACGAUUUUGAGGAAGGCGAAACUUUUGCGUCGCGAUCCUCGUAUGGUCGAGCGAAAAAAGCCUGGUCUUGCGAAGGCACGCAAGCGAUAUGCCUGGGUCAAGCGGUAGCUGUUCUUGGUGUGUUCCGCUGUUGCUACAUCUGGUUAUUACAUAGUAUCACUUGUCAUGUCCUCGACUACAGAUUGAGAUGGGUAAAAACCGUGCUUCCACAUUCAGAGACACCUCCUAGCUUUCGUUUCAACAAACAUG